UAGGUUUAUCUAGGCAUUAUGGAGGCAAUCAUUCAAAAUGUACUAAUUGUGUCUGGUCUCAUUUCGGAAUCUGCUCUGUUUUGGAUCAGACAUUAUCCUGUACAGCCUUGAUGUCCCCGUUUGAUCAACUAUGGACUAGCUCGACACCAGCUGUUUAAAACUAACUUCCUUUAUGUCAGGAUAAAUGAUGUGUUUUGGGUAUUAUGACUUUCGCCGUGUUAUCACACUUGUAUGUGCGUAAUAAUCUUUGGAGUGGUUAAGGCAGACAUUUUACACUGGUGUGGGUUAGUAACCUUGUAGCCUACUUGUCUGAAGAGGAUUCUUUCAAGGGGACACGGACGAAACCUAAUAAGUGAUCAUCCAGUGGUGCAGUCAGACCAGACCAGACCACUGUGAGACCAAGACGCUGCCCCAAGUUCACAUGUUGUGUGUUAUUAUGAUGGGGUUUAUCGUUAGGGUGAGGUGAUGAGGAAACAGCUUAAUUAAGGGAUCGUCGGAUGGGCACGCAAACAAGCGCGGAUGAGAACGAAAUAGCGGUCCCAACAGUGAGCAGCGAGCACCGCGUCAUGUGAAGUGUAUCUGUCGACCCUAAAGCCUUGACCUCUCACCCCUGACCCCGUGAGGUCACAGAUGGUCCAUAUCUGGCCCGACCCAGGAGACUUCCUCCUCCAUCCUGAUCCUCAACAUCAGUCAGUGAGCAGUGUGUUGUGUUCCAGCUGAACGCUCCAACGGCAUCCUGACCACCACCUAACACCACCCACCGCCUUGGGCAUGCCUCAGCCGGGCAUGAAUGGGAUGGAGCCUGCGUUUGGCGAGGCGUAUGGGAGCCGUGGCUGUCUCCUCAGCCCCUACUCCCUGGCUGUCUCCCCUCUAGGGGGCAGGACCGAAUAUGACCAGAGCGUGCUCCUGAUGCUGGGCUCUCCAGCGACGCCACGGAAACGGCCCUUCGAGUUGCUAAGCGACCUGGUGGACGACGGGGGCUUCGGCGAGGAGCUGCACGUGGAGCGUUGGGACGUGUCGGCACUGGAUGACAUCACGCGCUACACCAAGCUGGGCCUCGGGGGGGAGCUGGCGAGCACCGAGGACGCCGUGCUGAUGGGCCGUUGGAGCGGGACCCGGGAGGAAGAGGAGGAGGAGAGGAGGAAGAGGAAGGCACAGGCCAUAGCUCAGCAGCAGACAUCACAUGUAACCACGAUGAUGGUAACGCAUCUCCAUGGAAACGGCAUCACAAUGACCCCCGACCCCUGUCUAGGCCACGCCCAGAGAGGCAGGGUGGUCAGAGAGCAGGUGGGACUUGAUGUUACCAUGGAGAUGGAAAGGGUGACAGAAAAAGGAGGACAGGAUGGGGGGAUGAGGGUUCCUACGGUGGAGGUGUACCAGGUGGCAGAGGAGGAGGAGGUUGCCGCAGCUGUGUUGGCAGCGGCGGAAGUCGUUGCCGCGGUGACGGAGACGUCUGGGAUUCUUCCGGGGGGGUCAGUGUUGGAACACAACUACUCUCUGACCCAGGGGGGGGAUAGACCCUCACCCUCCAGCCCCAGCUCUGAGACAGAGACAGAAGAGGAGGUAGAGGGGCAGGAGGAGGGAGAGAGGGAGGAGGAGGAGAGGGAAGAGGAGGAGGAGGAGGGAGAGAGGGAGGAGGAGGAGAGGGAAGAACAAGAAGAGGUAUUGUUGGAGGAGGAGGAGGAAGAAGAGGAGGAGGAGGAGGAAGGGGAGGACGGAGCAGGGGAUGAGACUGCGGUGGAAGCAGAACUGUCCAGCUCGUCAGAAACAGAAUUUGAGGUGGAACCAGAGCGGGGGGGUGGUCCAGGGGAACGGCCCCAGAAGAGAAGGUGUUUCUGGGAGUACCGCCACGCUCACGCACGGGACUCUGGGAGACAGAAGAAGACUGGAGGGGAGGUCCGAUGGUCCCUCUCCUGGAGCUCUAGCACCCUACCUAGUACCCUAUACCGCAGAGAGGGAAAGAAAGGAAGGCGCAAAGCGAGGAAGACGGACGCCAGCGACCUGACCCCUAACCCUGUGAAGCUCACAAACAUCGGCGAACAGCUGCAGAAACUCAACGCCACCAUAGAUGGGAUGGGUCCUGUUAACGACCUGCCUGUUGUGGCCAGGGCACGCUCACGCAAAGAGAAGAACAAACUAGCUUCCAGGGCCUGUCGGUUGAAGAAGAAAGCGCAACACGAAGCCAACAAGAUCAAGCUGUGGGGACUCAACCAGGAGUACGAGAACCUUUUGGGGGCGUUGCUGAGGAUCAAGGAGGUGAUUGGUCAGAGGGUGGAGCACAGCGGAGAGGAGGUGGACAAAGAUGAACGAGGGAUGACCCAGAGACUGGAGGACAUACUGAAAGAGUCCAGUGGUCCUCUAGUGGCUGGACGGACCAAAGAGUUUGUCCAGAGGAUCCUGGAGGUGAGUGGAGGGGGGCUGACCAAGGCUGGGGCCAAGGGCAAAGACACACAGACCCCCCCUGCACCGGGAGAGGAGACAGCUGCCUAAUGUACCCCCCAUCACCCCUGAUCCCCCCCUGGACCAGGAGAGGGGACAGCUGCCUAAUGUACCCCCCCCCCAUCACCCCUGACCCACCCUGGACCAGGAGAGGAGACAGCUGCCUAAUGGACUGGCCAACACCACCAGCUCCCCUGCCCCACCCUGGACCAGGAGAGGAGACAGCUGCCUAAUGGACUGGCCAACACCACCAGCUCCCCUGCCCCACCCUGGACCAGGAGAGGAGACAGCUGCCUAAUGGACUGGCCAACACCACCAGCUCCCCUGCGACACCCCUCGGACACAGCCAUCCACUCCUACCGUCCCCCACUACACUCUGUCACCUGGAGAAUAGGUGGAUGGAGAAAGGGAUGGAGAAAGAGAGGGAGGAGCAGAUGGAGGAGGUGGGGGAGACUGAGGUUUGAGUUCAAACCUCCUCUGUUUCAGCUCUGUUUCCUUCUGUCUCUUCAGUAGCGCUCUGUAACUUCUUACCUUCAGCUAAUCACCAACACAGGCUAGCUGCUGACCAUGUGUGUGUGAGUCAGCUGAUCUGUGGCUGUGUGUGUGUGUGUGUGUGUGCGUGUGUGUGUGUGUAGUAUGAAUGUGUGUGGUUGGUUUAAUCUCUCCCUUCUUCAGUAAACUGUAUUGGUAUCCCAUUGUGCCUAUAUGAAUAGACAUUGCACUGUUUGUAGAUGAUAGAGAAGUUGGCAAGGGGUUGGCAUGAGGGUAGGGUAAGGAGAGAAGUUGGAGGGGAGGGGGGGGGGGGGUCAUGUUCAGUAGGCCACAACGUUCCUUGCAAGGUUCAGAAAGAAAUAGACUGUAUGGAACAGACGUGCAUCUCUGACAUCUAGAGUAAGGAGUAAUGUCUUCUCUAUUCACAACAUUGCUAUCUGCAACGUUUAGCAGGCUUGGUUACACCCUCCUGGAAUCAACCCUGCUAGUAAACAUCAGUGGGAUGAGCCUUUUUUGACCAGCGAGCGACAUAAUUGGUGCUUGCCACAGAGGGCAUAAAUGAGCACUUUGAUUUGUAGCUGUAUCCUGUCUAUUCCCCUUUGAGAAAUACCUGGGUCCUGUUCAUCAGGCACUAAAUGUAACAAAAAUGACUGAAACAGGGAAUAUUACCUGGACUUCUCCAAUAAGAAACGCAAAUGUUUGUUUUCUCCAUUGCAAAACAUCUUAAAACGUUUUGUUAGGUGCCCUAAUGAACAUGACCCUGAAAAUGCAAGUUCCUUCUCUCAGAACGACCAGAGAACAGAGGAUGAACUGUGAUCACACCAAACAUCAAAGCAACUGUAGCAGCUAAGACUUGCGGAGCUUUCGUCACAGAGUUAGAAGAAAGAAAAAUGUACUUUAAAAAAAGUAGCUAUUAAAUCCAACCGACCAAAGAUGACACGAACAGCUGACAUUUCAAAGAACUGAAAUGAAAGCUGAAGUGAUCGGCUGUUACCCAACCCUCUCCCUCCUACUACUGCUGUUACCCAACCCUCUCCCUCCUACUACUGCUGUUAUCCAACCCUCUCCCUCCUACUACUGCUGUUAUCCAACCCUCUCCCUCCUACUACUGCUGUUAU